CACUUAUUACGUUAUGCCUAUAGCGGUCUUGUAAUAGGCGCUCAUGUACACACGCACCUGUAUAUGCACUGUUGUUUACAACAUCACGUGCUGUCAUGUAAAGGGCAUCACUUAUUACGUUAUGCCUAUAGCGGUCUUGUAAUAGGCGCUCAUGUACACACGCACCUGUAUAUGCACUGUUGCGCUCAUGUACACACGCACUUGUAUAUGCACUGCGCUCAUGUACACACGCACUUGUAUAUGCACUGUUGUUUACAAUAUUACGUGUACACAUAUCUGUAUAGCUUGGAAGUAUACCGCAUAGCAUAAAGAAGGUCAGGUAUUCUACAUAUAUACAGGGUCCUCUAUUAGGCAAACAUGUACAUAUAUCCCUCUUUAGGUCUGGGCCUUUAUUUCUCGUAUAAUACGUGUACACAUAACUGGCCUAUAUACCUUUCACCUAUUUUCCCGAAUAUCUCG